UAUGUAUGCCCGCUGACUCCCAACCACCACUCCCAUUCAGUCGCCCUUUUCCCCCCCCAUACUCCAUCACCACCACCGACAACAAUGAACAACUCGAUCCUCACCAUGGAGUUUCGCAGUCUCAUCUGAGUGCGCGAAAGCUCUCGCUUUUGUUUGUCUGCCCCUCGCAGGCAUCCGCCCCAUCAUCCACCCAUCCAUCCCGUCUUCUUUCUUGUUGCCCGUUUGCCCCAGUCAGCCUUUGUCUGUCAGUCCGCCGUUUGCCGCCACCGCUGCCUACGACCGCCGUCCGACUCAUCCAUCUCAAGCAAACCCGCCAGCUUCCUCGCCGCUGGUGCCUUCUGCUGCUCCUCCUUUAUAACUCCUCCUCCUUUUCCCCGUUCCACCCCUCUUGCCGUACCUGCAUCUCUCCACCCACUUCCGCUCCUCGCCUCACCGCCUACCCGACCUCCCAACCACCAACCACAACCCUCCGUCUCUGCCGACCGCCACUCCGCACCCGCCAUCAAACACGACGCCAGCAAACACCUCUCCACUCCUCAUCACCUUUCCUCUUGUUACUACUCCCUCUUCUUUUUUCUAUUGUAUUCCAUCAAUUCCAUAUGCCCUGCAAACGAUAA